AUGGAGCUGAGCUUCCAGGUGGUGGCCACCCGCAAGAGCGCGGACGACGCCUCGACGGCGCUGCCGCCCGAGGACCAGCCGUCGCUGCACACGCGGCCGCCCACGCCGCCCGAGACCCCCGAGGGCGGGCGCGGCCAGGAGGGCGACCACUACCAGCUCGAGGACCAGCCCGUCCACACCCACCUCGACCUCCACCACGAAGACGUGGACGAGGGCGGAGGCGUCGUGGCCGAGGGGGAGGCGGGCGGCGGCGGCGGCGCCGAGGACGACGAGGGCGGCGACGAGGGCGGGGACGAGGAGGAGGCCCAGGAGGAGGCGCAGGGCGGGGAGGCACAGGAGGCCCCAGAGGAGGUGCCCGAGGAGGAGGAGGAGGAGGAGGGCGGCGAGAAGGCGGCGGAGGACGAGGGCCCCGAGGACCCCGCCGAGGACCCCCACGAGGAGAACCACGAGGAGCAGAUGGACGCGUCGGAGGACCUGGACGCGUCCAAGGAGUCGAACGACCUGGUCGUCGACCACGACUCGGAGACGCCGCUCGAGGUGGACACGAGCCACGAGACGGAGCCCGAGGGCGACGGCGACGCGGACGGGGACGGCUCGGCCGAGGGCGACUCGGGCGACGUCGGGCGGCUGGGCGGCGGCGCGCCCGCGCCCAAGGACUGCGGCGACGACGAGCAGGAGGACAGCGCCAUCGACGUGACGGAGACGAGCGCCAGCGAGCCCCCGGACAGCGACGACAAGGACACGGACCUGAACGUGAGCACGGAGUCGGCCGAGGCGGACGCGGACGCGCCCUCCGAGGCCAGCUCCGUGUCCAAGCUGGUGCAGACGGACGAGACGCCCAUCAACCUCACCCGCAAGCUGAAGGGCGAGCGCAAGCUCAGGAAGGACUGCUACGUCUUCACCGACAACGAGGACGACGACGAGGAGGCGGCCGACCUGGAGGAGGAGCGGGACGAGGUGGGCGCCCUCGACCUGUCCCGCCACGCCCGCACGGUCCGAGAGGCGCGGGCGCAGCGCGAGAGCCUGGAGUCGCCUCCGUCGGGAGGCAAGGCGGGCCGCACGGCGCGGGGCCAGGGCACGCAGACCAUCCUGUCCAUCACGCAGAGCAACAAGUCGAAGAAGCUCAAGCAGAGCCCGACGUGCACGGCGUCGCCCACGUCGACGGCGCAGGCGGCCGCCUCCGCCGCCCAGAUCAGCCGGCCGGCGCUGCCCCUCGACUGGACGCACCCGCCCAUCGUGCCCGGCCCCGUCACGCCGCACGCCGUGGCCUUCAGCGACCUCAUGACGCUGUCGCACGCGGCGGUGCAGCUGCAGCUGGCCAUGGCCCAUGCCCAGGCGCAGGCACAGGCUCAGGCGCAGGCGCAGGCUCAGGCGCAGGCCCAGGCGCAGGCCGAGGCGCAGGCCCGAGCGCAGGAGCAGGUGCUGAAGAGCCUGAAGGUGAGCGAGUCGCUGAGCUUCGUGAACGGGUCUGGCGACACGCUGACCAUCAGCCCCAUCACGACGGCGCUGCAGGACAGGCCGUCCAAGAACACGCCCACGAAGGCCACCAGCAAGAUGCACCACCACGCGGCCAAGGCCAGCGUCAACGGCGGCUCGCACGUGUCGCACUCGCGGAGCUCGAGCACCAAGUCGCACGGCAGCCACAAGUCGGCGGGCAGCAUCAUCAGCAGCAAGGCCAGCGCCUCCAGCCACGGCGGCCUCAGGACCACCAUCCACAAGUCGGCGCUGACGGCGUCGCUCAAGAUCCCGUCGGUGUCCGUGAGCAAGACGAACGGCGCCGCGUCGUCCGGCUCGGGCGGCGGCAGCAAGGGCGACAAGGACUACCCCGAGCGCACCGGCGACCCCGUCUUCAAGAUCACCAACCAGAAGCUGGCGGAGUACGUGCGGCGGCAGCAGCUGCAGCAGAAGCUCAAGCAGGGCGGCGCCAACAACCUCAAGUCGAACGCGAGCGCGACCUCCACCACCUCCACCACCACCACCUCCUCCUCCUCCUCGAACCCCACGUCCUCCUCGGCCUCGAACUACAUGAACAACGUCUGUUCCUCGGGCUCUCCGGCGUCCUCCUCGAGCACCACCAUCACCAAGAGCUCGUCCUCGCUCCUGGGCUCCUCGUACAAGACGAGCUCGGCCUCCAGCCCGGCGUCGGGCGCGGCGUCCCUCGGCGGCGUGUCCUCGGCGCCCAAGUGCUCGUCCUCGCAGAGCAUCCGCGCCACCAACACCAGCGUGCGCCAGAUCCCCAACCCGUCGCUGCUCCGCCAGCAGUCCGAGUCGCGCAUCACGGGCGGCCUCUCGGGCCUCGGCAUGGCCUCCAGAAAGUCCUCCGAGUCCAUCAGCAGAAUCGAGAGCCUCACCAGAUCCCUGCACGAGAAGAUGGCCGCCAACUCGCUGGCCGCCUCGUCCCUGGCGGCCACCAUCAACUCGGCGGUCAAGUAA